AUGAAAUUCAUUUUAUUCACUUUGGUGUGCUUAAAUUUAAACUUUAUAUUUUCCCAACAAAUCGGGGAUGACGAAGUCGUGAGAUAUGUAAAGAAUCUAGGAUACUCGGCUAGUGCAUAUCAAGUUGUGACACAAGAUGGAUAUAUUUUGAGAUUGCAUAGGAUUUAUCCAAAAAAUAAUAAAGGAUGCAAGAUUCCAGCAUUUUUAAUGCACUGUGCAUUUACAAAUUCUAUGUAUUGGGUGAAUACGCCAAAUGUUGCACUUGGACUUUACUUAGCUGAUGAAGGAUAUGAAGUAUUUAUGGGAAAUUAUCGCGGAAGUAAAUAUUCAUCUGCUCACAAAUGGUUAGAUCCGGAAUCAUUAAAAUAUUGGCAAUUCAGUUAUCAUGAAAUGGGCGUUUAUGAUCUUCCACCAUUAAUUGAUUACACAUUAGAACUAUCUGGAAGUGACAAGUGCGUUUAUAUCGGUCACAGUCAAGCUUCAACGCAAGAUCUCGUCUUUUUAUCUCUUCGACCAGAAUAUAAUGAGAAAGUUGUUCAAAGUCAUUUGAUGGGUGUUGCUGGUGCUUUUGCAAAUCCACCACCUGCUUUAAAACAGCUAGCACCUCUUUAUAUGCUUGUUAAGAACACUGUAGCAAGAGAUCUUCCGUAUGCUGAUUUCAAAAUGCCAAAUCAGUUUUUAUCGUAUAUCAGCAAUAUAUUUUGCACUCAGAACAUUCGCUUAGACAUGUGUGAGCUCGUUCACUUUUUCCUAAUGGGUGGAAAUCCACAAAAUCCUUUCAUCACAAAUACUGAUGCGGAAGUCUACCGUUCAAUUGUUCCAGCAUUGUCACCUCAUACAUCGGUUCAGCUAGUAACGCACUUGGUUCAGACAAUUUUCAGCCAAAGAUUUCGACCCUAUGAUUAUGGAACUUUAAAGAAUUUACAGGUUUAUGGAGCUGUUGAGCCACCAGAUUAUCCUCUUCAUAAAAUUUCGUCCGAAAUUUACAUUUAUGAAGGUCAAUUUGACACUUUGUUCAGCAAAAAGGAUGCCGAUCUCGUUGCAGUUAAGCUUCCUAAUAAGAAAUACUAUAUGAUUCCUAAUUAUAACCAUCUUGACUAUGUUUUUGCUCGUGAUGCUCGUGAUAAACUUUAUAAAUACAUUGUAUCUGCUGCUGAUGAAUAUAGUAGAAGUGGAAAGUCGAAAAAGUGCAAGAAAUAUUGAUGGAAAUUUAAUUUUAAAAAAUCUUGCAU